AUGGUGGCCAACCUUUCGGGAUACAAGGUGCCUGGCGUGCCACACUACGAGCCGCGUGCCAUGAGAGUUUGGAUCAUUCUGUCCACAUCAUGGGUGACAACGUUGGCGGUAACGUCCGUCUUUCUUCGCCUACUUAGUCGACGGCUCAGAAGUCAAAAACUGUGGUGGGAUGACUAUCUCAUCAUGUUUUCCAUGAUGUGGAACUGGGUUGUGCUUGGAAUUGGCUUUGCCAUGUACAUUGAAGGUGUUGGUUACCAUGUCGACAGCGUCUCAAAGCACGCCGUCCACAACAUUUCCAAGUGGCUUCUCAUCACCGAAAUCAUUUACAUCUGGAAUCUCUGCUGGACUAAGCUCAGCUUGCUGAUGAUGUAUUACCGAAUCUUUCGCAUCCCCAAUUUCAAAAAGCAGGUCAUUGUUGUUGGUACCUUUGUCAUCUGCUGGGCCAUUACCAUAUCCUUCCUCUUCACCUUCAUCUGCAAGCCGAUUGAGAAACUGUGGAUUCCCGAACUGGAGGGCAAGUGUGUGAACGAGGUCGCCGUCUGGCUGGCAAAUGCUGGCAGCACUAUCUUCAGUGAUAUUGUGAUCUUGAUGCUGCCCAUUCCUCAAAUCUGGAGACUAAAUCUCAAGAAGAGUGAAAAAAUUGGCCUGACAUUGGUUUUCGGUCUUGGUUUCUUCGCGGUUUUUACCUCUUCAUAUCGAACAUGGGUUCUGUUCAACUACGACAAAAACGAUAUCCCUUAUUCCCUGGCUCCGCUGCUUGUUUGGUCCGAUGUUGAGAUGUGCGCCGGCAUCAUCUCCGCCUGCCUGCCCACACUGCGGCCCGUUUUCAAUGCCGCUGCCAAGAAGCUGGGCAUCAACAUGCACUUUUCCCGCUCGACGCCGUCUGCGCCGCCAGACGUCACAAUUGCAACGAUAUCGAAUAUUAGCUGCAGAAAGCCGCACGUUUCUGUCAUGACGACGCAGCACGAUCCGUCUGACAACAAUACCGACCGCAGCCCUUUUUACAGACUGCACGACGAGUCUGACGGCGAAGGCAUGCUUGGAGAGACGACAGAUACGAAUUCCAUCAGCAAGUCAACACGAGCCGAGUCCAAGGCCACCUGCUACGAACUGCGGGCCAUCGAUACGGCCGGAUUCAGCGAGGAGUCCCUUGAAAAGGAGCUUCACAGACAACGGAUGAACAGAUUAGACGCAUAA